GCACACAGCAGUCCAUACUGCCCAGCAUCUCACAUGACCAUGCUGUGUGUGUAUGAAAUGAGAAGUGAAGAGCGGUGUGAGGGGUGUGAGGGGGUGUGAGCGGUGCUGAUUUCCCCUGGAUCUCUUUCAACAGGAGACUGUGAGAAAAACUUUCUCCCCGUGCGGCUCAUUCAUUGUCCAACCAGUGGGGUGGGAGGGAGAGGCGCUCCGACAGCUCAGCAUCCCCACACACACACACACACACACACACUCGAAUAACACAGCUCUCCGGGGCUGCUUCGGGCGCAUCUGCCUCUAUUUAUUUCUUUUUCCACUUUUUGGUCCGAGCCACCACCAUGACACACAUGGUCACCCUGGAGGGACCCUCUCCUUGGGGCUUUCGACUCGUGGGCGGACGCGACUUCAGCGCACCUCUCACCGUUUCCCGGGUAACAUCUGGAAGUAAAGCAGCACAUGCCAACCUGUGCCCUGGAGACGUCAUCUUAGCCAUCAAUGGAGACAGAACUGAGAAUAUGACACAUAUGGAGGCCCAGAACAGGAUCAAGGCCUGUUCUGAACACCUUGCCUUAGCCAUCAGCAGGUCAGAGAAAACGAUCUGCUCUCCUACUGUUUCAGAAGAUGAGAAAACAAGUCAGUGCAAAGCUAACAUGGACUGUGAGUCUAAGGUUUUUGUACCCAUUGGAAGUGGCCACCAUGGCAAAGUGGCCCAGCCCAUCCAGGAGAUGCCUGUCAACAAUGGCAGCUCAAAGUCGCCCACGCAGUACAACAGCCCCGCCGGGCUUUAUUCCAACAGCAGGAAUGGCAGCUUGCCAAAGCAAAUGACCAACCUCAGUCUCGGCUCCACCAGCCCAGAGCCGACUACAGACAGACCUGGCUUUAACAACGGCUUCCAUGGAGAGUCUGAAGUCUACAGAAUGCUGAAGGACCAGGAGGAGCCCCCCGCAGCACCCAAACAGUCCGGCUCUUUCCGCUACCUGCAGGACAUGCUCGAAGCAGAGGAUGGAGGUCUCUCUCCGACAGACAGGCCGGCUGCGGUGAAGAGUGUGAGAUCCCCCAUCAGGUCCCCAGUGCAACACCUUGGCCCCAAACCAAGCCUACAGCAGCUUACUCAGUGCACCCGCUGUGGAAACGCCAUUGUGGGCACAAUUGUGAAAGCCAGAGACAAGCUGUACCACCCAGACUGCUUCAUGUGUGACGACUGCGGCGUGAAUCUCAAGCAGAGGGGUUACUUCUUCAUUGAGGAAAACCUGUACUGUGAGACGCACGCUAAGGCCCGCGUGCAGCCGCCAGAAGGCUACGACGUUGUUGCUGUCUACCCCAACUCUAAAGUUGAACUCGUCUGACCCUGCAGUCUUAGGCCAUGUACCUUUGUUACCCGCAGUUCUUGGCAACUUUGAAUUUCCACGCUCAGCCUUUCCGAAGAGGAUUAUGGAAAUCUCGAGGACGGUUAGAUGUCACAUGUUUCAUAACACGUCUCUUCAUACCGCUUUGGCUAUACGGUAGCAUCACUUGCUGAAGUCAUCAUACUAUAAAACAUUAAGCACAUUUCUCUGUCAGUACUGCUUUGAUUGUUGAGUUGUACAGUGGAUUCUGAAUCUUCUUCAGUAAUGUAUUCAUUACGGAUAUCAAGAUUCAUUUAAUGGUUUCUCUUCAUUUAUUUGAGAUGAUUUAAAGGAGUAAUGGUAAAUUUUGGGACUGCUCCCUUUAGGAAA